AUGCUUCUAGAUCUGUGGGAGAAGGAAAAGACCCCAAAGAGGCUACGGUUCCUGCUGGUGGGGAAAAUUGGAAGUGGUCGAAGUACCACAGGAAACAGUAUCCUGGGCAGGGAAGCCUUCGAAUCCAAGCUCAGCACCAGACCCGUGACCAUGACCUUCCAGCUUGGAGGCUGAGACUGGGCUGGGAAGGAGCUUGAGGUGACUGACAUCCCUGAUAUUCUGUCUUUUCAGGCUCCAAGAGAAGGGGCAGCUCAGGGCACCUGGGCAGCUGUCACCUGCUGCACCCCAGGGCCUCAUGCAGUGCUGCUGGUGACACAGCUGGGCCGCUUCACAAAGGAGGACCAGGAGGUAGUCAAGCGCCUCCAGGAGGUCUUUGGGUUGGGUGUCCUGGCCCGCACCAUCCUGGUAUUCACUCAGAAAGAGGAUCUGGAGGGCAGCUCCCUGGAGGAGUAUCGGGACACUGACAACCAGGAGCUUGCAGACCUGGACGUGGUUUGUGCGAGGCGCCACUGUGGCUUCAACAAUAGGGAAGAUCAUGCAGGGCAGGAGGCCCAGCUGACGGAGCUCAUGGAGACCAUCGAGGUGAUCCUGUGGGAACACGAAGGCUGUCCUUACAGCAAGGAGGUGUUGCCAGCCCCAUGUUCUGCACAUAGAAGGGCAGGUAGGGCAGAGGGUUCAGACCGAGGCUCCGAGGAAGCAGCCACUGCAGAGUCCUGGCUGGAGGGGCUGUACAGAAUCCAGGGCAACUGA